AUGGGCUGCUCCGUCGGCCGGCCCAUGACCCCCACCUGCCUCCCCACGGCCCGCAUGGGCUGCCCCUCCACCUCCCCCCUUGCCCUGUACACCACCAUGCUCCAGGCCCGGUGUCCCUCCACACCGCCCCUCACCUGCCCCCCUGCCAACCCCAUGCCAAGCUGCAACCCCCCCCCACCUCGCCCUUGCUCCGUGGCCAGUCCCUACCCAAAACCCUGCCCCCCCACCGAAAUGCCAAGGUUUAAACAUGACCAUUGUAUGGUGCCGGUGUGUUGCAAUGGGGAGCCACAGAAAGACUGCACAAAGCCUCCUCCGCUGCCUGCGUCUCUGACCAGCUGCAAGUCUGGCCAAGGCAACGACUUUUUCAGCAACAUGAUCAGGGAACUGAACCGCAACGGUGUGUGCAGCAAGUUUCCUCCCUCCAAGCCAGUCGUGACUCCCUGCAACCCCAACACACCCACCGCCAGCACCAUUGGGAAUAUGAAAAUUGUGGAGGUCUCCACCAACGGCCACUUUGUCCGCAUCCUCAACAUCUCCCCCAACGCCGAGGAGGACAUCGGCAACUACGUUCUGCAGCAAAACAUCGGCGGCCAACCCGUGGCAAUGUACAGGUUCCCCCCAAGGACCCGAGUGUGUGUCGGCUCUGGCGUAACGGUGUGGGCAGCAGGCGCAAAGGUUCCACAUAACCCUCCGAAAGACUUCUUAUGGAAGGAUUGCAUCAAGUUUGCAACAGGGCCUGAUGUUACAACCAUUCUUUGCAAGCCCACCGGUCAGGCUGUUACUUGGUACACACCUGGGCCUGGGAGCUGCAAGCAAAAUAAUCUUUGCAAUGACGAUUGCAACCAUCACACUUCAACCAACGAUUGCCAAGUUAAUUUCCAAUUGGAACCCGAAAUGGAGACUGACUCCUCCAACGCUUGUGCCAGUCAAUUCACAACCUUAUCUAUAAAGGAGAAGGCUUCAUCCUUGCAGCCCACACCCCGUUGUCCAUGGAGCCAGAGCACAUCUUGUGCCACUCACCCCGACUUCAACAUAUCCCGGACCCAGGCCAUGGGAAACGAUGGGAACAGUCAGUGCAGAGACUCUCGAACACAGUCAUCUCCACCUGACCCUCUCCCGAGCAACCUCCCUGUCUCGUCGCAUUGCAGGAAGUACUCCUUCCACAGAAGCACCAGAAGGCUGUCACCAUGCUCUCUGACAAAUGGUGCAGGGCAGCAGAUUGGCAACGGUGCGGGCUCGUUCACAAACCACGUUCAGCAGAACUGCACGCCGCUGCAGCUCCUGCAGUCCCGACAGAACCUGACCUUCCAGCCCCCCAUGCCUCGGCCCCCGCCCGUCGCAUCCUGGUGAAUCUCGCUCACCUUCAUCCAGCCUCAACCAGCGCGCGCGGGCUGUCACGUUUGGAUCCACAUCCGUCAGCCUCUCCUCUCCAACACUCCGCAACGUCAACACUCUACCACCAGGCCUCGCCUCGCCCGAUCUCAACACUUAGACUGAGUUUUACAGAGCUAUUUCAUGUCUUGACCUUUAACAACCUCUGUGAGUCUGUGCAUUUGAAGAACCAUUGAAACCAACAAAAAACAAGUUUCUUUUUUGUGCCUCGAGUCAAUGUGGAUGUUUGAGUGGGUUCCGCUGUGCCACCGUGUGAGUUCAAAGUGAAGUGGCUCCAGCAUUUGGCUUGAUGUAAAUAAGGUGGUGAGUCUGUGGAAUUCAUUGCCACAUACGGCUGCGGAGGACACAUCAAUGGGUAUUUGUAAAGUGGUGAUUGAUAUUCUAGAUUUGUACAGGUGUCAGGGGUUAUGGGGAGAAGGCAGAAGAAUGGGGUUAAGAGGGACAGAUACAUCAGCCAAGAUUGAGUGGUGGAGUAGACUUGAUGGGCCGAUCGGCCUAAUUCUGCUCCUAUCACAAAAAAAAAAAUAUUGGGCACCAGAUUUUUCGUCUUGUGAAGGCAUGCAGCCAAGAAUCCUUGCAUGAAGCCGGUGCGGAUUCCGAUUGAAUAUGCAGUGAGCCAAACCGCAGGGGGUCCAGGGUAAUGCAAGGGUUGUGACCAAGCCAUGCAGCGUGCCAUGAGUCGAACAUUGCCCACUGCAAAAGAGCAUUGCAAACUCAGGAGGAAGGUCAGAACGUUUACAACACAGAAGCAGGCCAUUCAACCCAAUGUCUCGGUGCGGCUGAGCUUAAACGAGGUGCUCGGCAGGGUGGCACGGCUGGUAGAGCCGCUGCCUGACAGCGCCUGAGACCCAGGUUCGAUCCUGACCUCGGGUGCUGCCUGUGUUUGUGGACCACGUGGGUUUCCUCCAGGUGCUCCGGUUUCCUCCCACCUCCCAAAGACGUGCGGGUAUGUAGGUUAAUUGGCCCUCUGUAAAUUGCCCCAUGUGGGUAGGGAGUGGAUGCAAAAGUGAGGUAACAUAGAACUAGUGUGAACGGGUGAUCGAUAGCCUGCAUGGACUCAGUGGGCUGAAGGGCCUGUUGCCCUACUACAUCUUUCAAUGCAUUCAAUCAAUCAGCCAGCCUUAAGGGCCUGUCCCACUUGGCCGUCAUUUGCGCCUCAUUUACGCGUCAUAUGUAAAAUAGGUCGACGCGUUGUGACGUACGGGUAGCAUUUGGGUAGCGCGGGACGGGCGCAUGGAGACGUGGAGGAGUCGCGGUAUCGCGCGGCGCUCCAGG